AUGCUUUUUUGUUUAAAGUGUAGUAAAAAAACGUUUUUUGGUUCUGGAAAGUCUACAUUUGUCAAUGCUAUUAGAGGUUUGGGAGAUGAAGGUGAGGGCUCAGCCAAAACAGGUGUAGUGGAGACCACAAUGAAAACGGAGAUUUACCAACACCCAAAGUAUGAAAAUGUGAAAGUUUGGGAUCUCCCUGGAAUUGGAACACCAAACUUUAAAGCCGAUGAGUACCUUAAAGAUGUUCAGUUUGAACGCUAUGAUUUUUUCAUCAUUAUUGCUUCAGACCGGUUCAGAGAAUGCCAUACGAAGCUCGCCACAGAGAUUAUGAAAAUGGGGAAGAAAUUUUACUUUGUUCGCUCCAAGAUUGACUCAAACAUUGAUGCUGAAAAGAGAAAGAAAAGCUUUGAUCAAGGAAAGACACUAAACACCAUCAGGAAGGACUGUGUUAAAGGUAUAAAGGAACCUGUGGUGUUCUUGAUCUCUUGCUUUGAGCUGGGUAAGUAUGAUUUCAAUCUGCUGGAAGAGAUGAUGGAGAAAGAGCUACCACAGCAUAAGAGACACGUGCUGAUGUUGGCUAUACCGAAUAUCACGCUGGCGAUCAAUGAGAGAAAGAAGAAAGCUCUGAAGAAAAAUGUUUCCAGGGUAGCCCUCCUGUCUGCUGGAUUGGCUACAAUUCCUCUUCCUGGUCUUUCGUUUUUAGUAGAUAUAGCAAUUUUAAACGGUGAAGUACAGAGGUACUAUAGUGCCUUUGGUCUGGAUGAUCCAUCCCUACAGAUGCUUUGUAAAAGAUCUGGAAAGACCAUAGAGGAACUGAAGAAUGUCAUGAAGUCACCACUGCAUGUUGGGAUAAACCCAACCACAAUCUUAAGCUUGCUGGGCGCUGCAUCAUUGUAUGUUUCAGAAAAUGCAGUUGAAUACGUUUGUAGUCUCGUACCUAUACUUGGCACUGUGGUGGCAGGAGGGAUGUCUUAUUUUACUAUCACAAAAAUGCUAAAGAAAGCUUUGGAUGAGUUAGCUGAAGAUGCCAAGAAUGUCCUGAUGGCUUCACUGGAGACUGAAGUGUAA